CCUGACCGUCACCUCUUUUGUGCCUCUCGUCUAUAUUCACUCUCGAGGAAUUAGCCUCUGCCUCUCCUUACUCUCUCUUAUGCCAUGUCCUCUAUGAAAACGCACCGACCUACCGGCUCGACAAGUCAGAACCACAAAGCGCAGCUGGCGAACGCGUAUAAUGAGCUCGGGAAGGAGCUUUCUUCGAGCAAGAUCAGAGUUGUGGGGAACUACACCCUGGGCAGGGUGAUUGGGGAGGGCGCGUACGGGAAGGUGCGGAUGGGAACGCACCGGCUCACGCAGGCGCGCGUCGCUAUCAAGCAAAUACCCAAGGCCGUCUCUGCGACCCUCACGCGCGAGAUCCAUCACCACCGUCAGCUGCACCACCCUCACAUUACCCAGAUGUUCGAGGUUAUCGCGACAGAGAACCACAUCUGGAUCGUCACCGAGCUCUGUUGCGGCGGCGAGCUCUUCGACUACCUGGCUGAGAAAGGGCGCCUAGAGGAGAACGAAGCCCGCAUCAUAUUCGGCCAGCUGUGUCUGGCAGUUGCCUACCUCCACGAGAAGGGCAUUGUGCAUCGCGAUCUCAAGCUGGAGAACGUGCUGCUAGACGAGCGCUGCCGUGUCAAGCUCGGCGAUUUCGGUUUCACGCGCGAGUUCGAGCGCGGCAACCUCAUGGAGACCUUCUGCGGCACGACGGGAUAUGCAUCGCCAGAGAUGCUGCAGGGGAGGAAGUACCAAGGGCCAGAGGUUGAUGUCUGGUCGCUCGGCAUCAUACUGUACACCCUGCUUACAGGCACUCUUCCCUUCGACGACGAUGACGAGGGGGUGAUGCGCGACAUGAUCAUCCGCGGCGAGUUCGAGGACCCCGCGUGGCUGUCGUUAGAGGCGCGCGAUCUGAUCAAGAACGUUCUGCAGCAGGAUCCCACGAAGCGGCUCACCAUCCCCCAGAUCCUCGCACACCCGUGGUUUACUGCCAAGGAUCUGACGUUCCAGCCCGACCUCCCCGAUCGCCCUCCCACGCCCGAGCAACGUGUGGAGGAAGCGGCGUCGCUUACGGACUCGAAUCCCCCUUCCGACGCUUCUGUCUCCUCCUUCCAAUCGGCAUCCUCAGAGAUCAAUACUCCCGCGCCCACGACUCCUGACGACAGCACGACCUCUGACGACCCCUUCCGUGUUGAGCACCCGAACGGCAGCCAGACUACUAUCAAGGACGCAAAUAGCGGCCCCAGGGUGCCAUUCAAGUCCAAUGGUGUUCGACAUCCCGAGACAGUAUUCGAAGAGGAUGACGACCUCGAUCAGAAUGCUGUACCACCAGCGCCUCUCGACUUUCCCCAACGGUCCAACUCUACGAGUUCGCGGCCAGCUCAUACAGCCCGCACACCAGCGCGAACCAAGCGGCGGUCGGUCUCGUCCCAGCUGUCCGACCCGGGCAACAUAGUGGGGGACAGCUUUGCGGACGAUUCUAUGGCGUCUACGUUGCCUAUCCCCAUGACGCUCGACAAGCCGGUUGACUUCACCAAUCUGUUAACCACGCCCGCACCCAUCAUCUUCUCGACACAGCUUGAGCGCGAUCUGCUCAACAGCCUCAGCAUGCUGGGCUUCGACACGGGCCAGAUGGUGCAUUCGGUGCUCAGUGACGCGUGCGAUGCCGCUGGCGCCGUCUGGUGGAUGCUUAAGCGCAAAGCUGAAAAGAAGGUGCUCGAGGAGACGCGCCAGGAGGAGGCGAAGGACGAAGAGAAGAUCGCGGAAGAUAAGGCCAUCCCGGAAACCACUUCGCCACGUCCGAGGUCGCACCACCGCCGUCAUAAGCACAGGAACGCGGGCACUCAGACCGAUCCUGCGCUUACGCCUCUUCGAGCGAUGCCGCAGUUUUCCUUCGUGCCACCUACACCCACCUUUGCGCGUCCGUCGACGCCGCCGCAGUCGGGUACGCCUACACAGUCGCCUUUCCUAUCUCCAUCGACGACGACCAUUGACGCUUCCAUUGCAUCGACUACCGAAGCGUCCACACGCUCCAAUCCCAACACCCCGUCGAAUAGCAUCAAGGACAAGGAUACGCGUGCGCGGAAGGCGCGGUCGGGCAGCGUUAGCAUCAUGCAGCGGGCGACGACAGCGCUUGAGGCGGCCGGCCUAGUGCGGAAGAAGAGCAACGAAGCUGUCCGAGAGGCACGCGAGCAAGCGGCAGCGAAGGAGCAUACCGAGCGCAAGGUGCCAGAGAGGAAGGGAAGUACAGGACCCGAGCGCAAGGGCAGUACGGGGUCUAUCGCAGAGGAUGCCGCGCGGUCGUCGCACGGAAGCGGGUCGUCGCGUCUGACGAAGAGCCCACCGCCCAGGUUACAGUCGCCCUCCACCCCGCCGCCGUCUGAACACGCUCAGAUCAUCGGCUCGCCGUGGGUACUCACGAACAAGGAGAGCGCCCAACAGAACCAUGAGUACAUACCACCUCCGACACCGUCGAACACCCCAGGGGAAGGCCCGCUCAGCGCAACCUCAAGUCCGACUUACGGUGCUGGGAAUCCGCGGCGCAAUCGGGCCAAUAUACUCUCGGCUUUCCGCCUAUGGUUCAAUGAGGAGAGGAAGGGCAAGCGCAAGGAGGAUGCUCGGCCGUAUGGGCGCCCCGUGCCUUCGCCCGGCGUCGGGUACAGUACGACAACCGCCAAGCGCCGGGGCAGCAGCACUAAAGGUGGUACCCGCCGAGGCACUCAUCGCCCUCAGCGCCCAUCCGUCUCCUCUCGGCGUUCCAGCAGCGUCAACUCGCGGCGAAGCUCGAUCGCCUCGGUGCAGAUGAUCAUGCUCGACUCGCCCCAGCCCGUCAACCCGUCCACGUCCGGCGGCAGGCGCUCCUUCGGCGCGCACACGCCCAACUCGGAGCUCGGGGACUACCCGUCCCGCCCGUCGUCCGUGCGGAGCUUUAGCAUGCACCAACAUCACCGUAAGUCUACCUCCGCGGGCUCGACGGGCUCGCACUACCGAACUGCAUCGCCGAUGAAAUACCAUCACCGCGCAGGUUCGAACUCGUCGACGACGCGCGUCGUGCGCCAGCCGCGUCCGCCGCAUGCGCGCUCGAACUCAGCGACGUCGUCCAUCCACUCGCCACCGUCGUCGCGGCCGGCGUCGUAUUACGAACCCAGCGAAAGCGAGGACUACGGUCGGACGGCGUCACCCUACAAGCACAAGCGCCGGAGCGAGUCUCGGAGCAGCGGCUCGACUUUCGUGGCCUCCAAGCGUAGUCCGUUUGCGGUGUACGGCGGGGGCACACUGGGGCGCAGCAGCUGGAAGAAGUCGUGGGGUCUCGAGCCGCCGGGCUGGCAGUCGCGCUCUGCCCAUCUACCCAUCGAGGUCCUUGCCAUCUCGCCGGCUGAGGGCACCUCCAUUCGAGACGUCUUCUCCGGCGGUCGGACGUCGCUGAACAUGGGCGAUGAGAGCGACUGGGUCGAUGAGGAUGACGAUGUGCCUGCGUUUGCCGGUGGUCUCGGGCAGAUGGGCACCUCAUCGUCGGGAGGCUUUGUUGGUGGGAGCGCUUUCAAUGCGUCGGCGAAUGGAUUCAGCUCGUCGCCGAGUCCAUUUGGGAGCGCGAGUGUGGAAAGUGUCAAUGUGCCUUCUCGGGGCCAUCGUGCGACGUCGGCAAGCAAGCGCGUGCGCAGCUCGUCGGGCGGGCGAUCGAAGUCGAGCCAGUCACCGAGCGAGCGAGUGUCGCCGUUGCCAUCCGAGACAAACUUCGAGCCUACGGAACGCGCAGGUCGCCGGCAGCUCCCCGCGCGCUCCGGCGCCGCGUUCAAGCAGGCGAUCCAGGAAGAGGACGAAGAGGAGGAGGAGUAAACGAUGGCGUGCGAGGGAUCGAACGACGGCGCUGGCGGCUUGGUUCAGACUACGGAGGACAUCAUUCUUCUUGUCCAUAUUCAUCUUUGGUUACGUGUGCGUGCGUUUCCCCACUUAUACGCGCGUGUUCGCUGUUCAUAUCUCUGUCCUAUAUCCCCCCUUUUACAGACAGACUCCGCUAUCCUAUUCUUUGUGUGCCAUUCUACUAUGUUGCGCAGUUUCUAGUGUUGUUUUCUCCUCCCCACUGGCUGGAAUUGGAACCGGUCUCUGACUCAUGACGGGUCGUCUUUACGACGCCCAGCAUCAUCGCGCGUACUCGUGCUACACUUGUAUAUAGCUUCGAGUACACCUACAUAUCCCCACAUGAAUGGACUUGUCGCAUAUGGACGUCGCUUCCGAAGACCGUGAAUCAUUUUUCGCGCGAGCUUGGUUUGGAGGAAUUCCUUCAUCAUGAAGCUCAAGGAAGUUUCUUGCCAACGA